AUGGCUAGUCGUUUGACGUCCCUGUUGUGCAGUGUCGGGAAGUUGCCUUGUGAUGGUGGAGAGUUCAGUCCUCGAAAAUGCUCAUAUGGAAAUAUAAAUUUGUGUAGUUUAGGUUCCGUAAGUCUAAACAAAGGAAGACCAUUAAACGAAACUUUGAAUACAAGUAACACUGAAGACGUGUAUAACUGUCAAAACAGUCGCGACAUGUAUAACUGUCAAAACAGUCCCGACAUGUAUAACUGUCAAAAUAGUCCCGACAUGUAUAACUGUCAAAAUAGUCCCGAUGUGUAUAAUUAUCAAUAUACUUCCGACGUGCAUAACUAUAAAUAUAGCCCCGACGUGCAUAACUAUGAAUAUAGCCCCGACGUGCAUAACUAUGAAUAUAGCCCCGACGUGCAUAACUAUGAAUAUAGCCCCGACGUGCAUAACUAUGAAUAUAGCCCCGACGUGCAUAACUAUGAAUAUAGCCCCGACGUGCAUAACUAUGAAUAUAGCCCCGACGUGCAUAAGUGCCAAAACAGUUCCAAUACAGUCAAUUUAUGUUUUAACAGGUGCAUUAAAAAAGACCUAACGUGCAACAUAGAAAGGUAUAACAUAAACGUAGGGAAAAUAUGUCCUGGUUUUUCAGAUGGCUUGUCACAAAAUAAUUGUCAGCAGGAAGAAGAGGAUACUGGUGAUGUUAUUGAAUUAGAUGAUGAAGUGCUCAUAGGUAACUUCCCGUAUGGUUGUUUACAAGAAGCUGUAGAAAAUUCCUUGAUAACUUUGGAAGAUGGAACUUAUCGUGUUAUUAGUGAUGCUAAUUUAAUGACUAAUCAGAAGGAUUCAAAUUUGUCAAUACAUAACAUAAAAAUAAGUGGAAAAAAUCCAAGUCAUUUAUAUAACGAAAUAGUGAAACCUAAGUUGGAUAUGAAUCAAAAUUCAAUAGGUAAAGAAUCAAUCGAAAUGGAUUUUACACAUAAAACAAAUGAAUGUAACAUGACAAUCGGGGAUAGUGCAGAAAGAAAAAUGAAGAAAAAAAAAAAAAAAAACCAUAAUAAUACAAAGAAAAAAAACGUGAACGAAAGCUUAAGGAACAGAAUUUUACACUCUAUGUUUGGUUCGCGCACUAAGGGGGAACGUUCAGCUUCAAAUUCGUCUCUUUCGUGUAGAGAAAAACCUUCAGAUGCGUCGUCAGAAUUUCUGUCUGUUAUUAGUGGCAUGAAGGGGUAA